GGUUCCUUUUCUCUCCGGCCUCCAUCUUGGGACGGCGCGCGGCUGCUGGAACCAUGCAGCUCUUCAUUCAUGCUCAGAAUCUGCACACCCUUGAGGUGUCCGGGCAAGAAAAAGUUGCUCACCUAAAGGCUCACAUCGAGACCUUGGAGGGCAUCGCACCUGAGGAUCAGGUAGUUCUCUUGGGCGGGACUCCCUUGGAAGAUGAUGCCAUCAUUGGCCAGUGCGGUAUCAGUGACCUCACAACUGUGGAGAUUGCUGCACGCAUGCUGGGUGGCAAAGUCCACGGCUCCCUGGCUCGUGCUGGCAAAGUGAGAGGCCAGACCCCUAAGGUUGCCAAGCAAGAGAAGAAGAAAAAGAAGACUGGCCGUGCUAAGAGGCGCAUGCAGUACAACCGCCGCUUCGUCAACGUUGUGCCAGGCUUUGGCAAGAAGAAGGGUCCCAAUGCCAACUCCUAAAUAGUACCCAGUUACUUAAUAAAUCUGAUAUUUGCUUGGA